AUGGAUUGUAAACAAUGUAUGGAUAUGUUAAAACCUGAAGUAUCUAUUAAAUGCGUUAGAUGUCAAGGUAACUUCCAUCACGAAUGUAUUGGAUUAUCAGAAGGUGAUUUUAAGAAAAUGUUGCCAAUGAAUAAGGCCAAAUGGAAGUGUCCUAAUUGUAAAAUUUCUAAAAAGAUUGGUCAAAGCAGUCCCCAGGAGCUGACCGCGUCUCAACAGCAUUCUAUUUUAAACGUUGAUGCAAACUCUUUAAUGUCUCAUUUCGAUGAGCGUUUUAAUAGAUUAAGCUCAACUAUCGAGUCAUUCAAAACUUUUAUAACUGAGGAAUUGAAAAAAGUUACUGAUACGGUCAAGAAGUGGACUGAAAGAAUUGUAAACAUCGAGUCAUCUGUAAAAAGUGUUAAUGAAAGAAUAGAUAAUUUUGAGGUCGAAUUAUCUAAAAUCCAUAGUUUGCAAGCGGAAUUUAAUUACUUAAAGACAUCGAUCAAGGACUUAAAGGAAAGCCACUGUAAGAAUGAGCAAUGGGUUCGGCGCUCUAAUAUACAGAUUAAUGGCAUACCUCAAAAAAAGGGUGAGAAUUUAAUAAAUAUAGUUAAAUUACUUGCUGAAAGAUCAAACUUUAAAUUGUGCCCUGACACUGACAUUGACUUUGUUACUCGAGUAGCCACCAAAAAUGAUUUAGACAUUAAAAAGCCUAAACCUAUUAUUGUGAAGAUGCAGUCUCGGUAUAAAAAGGAUGAUUUCUUGUCAUCACUUCGCAAAUUAGGAAGCAUCAAGGCGUCUGACAUUGGAUUUCCAGGGGUGCAAAAUCAAAUAUAUGUUAAUGAUCACCUCUCCACGCGUAACAAAGCAUUAUUGAGAGAAGCCAAACGUCUUUCUAAGGAAAAAGGUUAUGUCUAUUGUUGGGUCCGGAAUUGCACGAUUAUGGUACGAAGAACCGAUAACUCGCCGGUACUCCACAUUACAUCUGAGGAAUCUUUAAAAAAAAUUUCAUAA